UAUUCACAGAGUUUGAAAAAAACCAUCGUCCGGUACGAGGAAGAGAUCGAUCGUCAGCGCAGACUGCUGGACAUCAGCUGGAAACCUCACACACACCUGCACACAACAGAACUCCCGCAGCAUUUUGUCUGGAGACGUGAGGAGCUGGAGGUUCUCACUGAGCAGCAGCUCAGGAACCACAAGAUGAACUCUGGAUUGGACCAGGAGGAACCACAACCUCCAGCAGGAGAUCAUCAACCACAGAAAACAGAAGACCAGGAGGAACCCAAACAUUUACAACAAGAGGAACCUGAACCUCCAGAGGAAGAACCAGACCUUCCAGAGAAGGAACCAGAAUCACAAGUUAAAGAACCAGAACCUCCACAGAUGAAAGAGGAACAGGAGGAACUCUGCAUCAGUCAGGAUGAAGAGCAGCUUGGUGUGAAGCUGGCAGCUGAGACCUUCAUGGUGACUGUUGGCUUUGACGAAAAAGAUCACUGGGAACCAGAAGCAAACUGGGAACAACUCCUUCAGAAUUCUCCUGAAGCUGAGACUCAAGAUCAGGAAGGAAGCAGGACUGAAGAUCCUGGAUCCAGCAGAGAAGAGGAGCUGACACAGAACGAGAGACGUCCUCAAACCAGAGAACAUGGAGACGAUGUGGACAGUCCAGAACUGAAGAGACACAAGAAAAGUCACACAGGUGAGAAACUGUUCACCUGUGAAAUUUGUGGUAAAUGUUUUUCUUGCAACAGUCAGUUAACCUGA